CGCCCCUCGGGCCCUCACACGCCCCCGCUGCAGCGCGCGCCCCAGCCGGGAGGGGGCGCGCGGCGGGAGGCCGGCCGAGCCAGGCGGGGGAUUCGAGCGCUUUAUAUAUAAGGCGCCGAGUCCGAGAGCGCCGGGUUCCCAGACGCCGCGCUCGCAGCCCGGAGGGACCGCCGCCCACAUGGCCUCCGCCGCAGCCCGCCCGCUGCUCCUCGGCCUCUGCCUGUGCCUGCUGGCCGCCGCCGCCCUCGGGGCCCGGGACCCCGGUGCGCCCGCGAAGAGCCGCGCCCGCCAGAAGCCGAAGCCGGAGAAGGUGCCGCCCGCGGUCGCCCUGGAGAGCCGCCCGAGCCUGGACACCCGCCCGCCGGAGCCCACCACUCAGCCGGCCCUCAGCCUGAGCCCCCGGGACACCUGGCUGUGGUUCCUCAAGCACAGCGACGAGGAGGACGGGAGCCAAGACAGGAGGUCGAAGCCCAGCCCGCCCAAGCCCCGGGAGCCCUGCAGCACCACGGUCCCGGUCCCGCUGGAUGAACUGCUGGAGGGACGACAGAAGUGGCAGCAGCUGCUGAAAGGGGUUUGGGGGGCGAGGGCCACGGGAGGGAGGGCUUGGCGCGCUCGGCGCGCAGCCACCGCUCGCUCUGUGGCAGCUGCGGCGGAACGGCUGCGCCAGAACGCGGAGCGCCAGAUCGCGGAGCGCCAGAACGCGGAGCGCCGGCCCUCCGCGGAGGACGAGGAGGAGGCGGAUCCGUCUGUGGUGGCCCUGCUGAUCCAGGCCUUGAACCAGGGCGGGCGGACCCGCAUCGUGGAGGCCGCGUUCCACUGCCGCCUGCGCCAGAACGUGUCGGUGGAGCGGCGCGCGCUGCACGAGCUCGGCGGCUACUACCUGCCCCGGGCCGAAGGAGCCUUCUACCGCGGCCCCGGCCUGAACCUGACCAGUGGCCAGUACACGGCGUCCAUCCCCGGUUUCUACGCAUUCGCCGCCACUCUGCACGUGGCCCUCCCAGAGCUGCGGAGGCCCGAAUCGCCCCGCCCCCGGAGCCGUCUGCGCCUGCUCAUCUGCAUCCAGUCCCGGUGCCAGCAAAACACCUCCCUGGAGACCAUCAUGAGCCGGCCGGCUGGCACAGAACCCUUCACCGUCUCCGUGAACGGCGUUCUGUUUCUGAAGAGGAGGCAGUACGCCUCCGUCUUCCUGGACAACGCCGGCAGCUCCCCCGUCACCGUGCUCGCCAGCUCGCAGUUCAGCGCCGUCUUCCUCGGCGCGUGAGAGGCGCGGCGGCGCAGACC